UCACUUUAUAUUCUCUGACAAAGGUAACGUAACAAGUUUGGUUUAAGGUCGCUGAAUUACUUUCCUUAUCAAUCUGUGUCGCAGUUUGUUUUUCUCCAUCUAAAGCCCAGAGCCGUGCAGAGACCAGAGUCUGAAGUACUCAUUAUGUCUGACUCAGUGAGGAACCGCAGGUUACAACACUGGCUUAAUGAGCUCAAAUCAACCUCCACCCAAUCGAUGAUAGAUGGCGCUGAAGCAGCAGAUGAUGAUAAUGAGUCAGGAUUCUCAUCUGUCAGUCACUUUCUCAGUGAUGACGACCAAUCGACACGUCCAUCUGAUCUAUCCCUCCACAGUGAUCGGUCAACAGGAAAAAUAAUUGAUUUAAAAAAAUUAGAAAUAUGUGACCCAGACAUGCUCAACUCGACCUCCACCCAACUGAAGAUAGAUGGCGCUAAAGCAGCAGAUGAUGAUAAAUACUCAGGAUACUCAUCUGUCAAGCUUGACAGAUCGUUCGGUCCAUCUGAUCGAAACAGCAUCAGUAUUCCGCCAUAUGACCCCAAAUCCCAAAUCAAGCCCAACACGACCUUCUCCCAACUGAAGGUAGAUGUCACUAAAGCAGUAAAUGAUGAUAAAUACUCAGGAUCCUCAUCUGUCAAGCUUGACAGAUCGUUCGGUCCAUCUGAUCGAAACAGCAUCAGUAUUCCGCCAUAUGACCCCAAAUCCCAAAUCAAGCCCAACACGACCUUCUCCCAACUGAAGGUAGAUGUCACUAAAGCAGUAAAUGAUGAUAAAUACUCAGGAUCCUCAUCUGUCAAGCUUGACAGAUCGUUCGGUCCAUCUGAUCGAAACAGCAUCAGUAUUCCGCCAUAUGACCCCAAAUCCCAAAUCAAGCCCAACACGACCUUCUCCCAACUGAAGGUAGAUGUCACUAAAGCAGUAAAUGAUGAUAAAUACUCAGGAUCCUCAUCUGUCAAGCUUGACAGAUCGUUCGGUCCAUCUGAUCGAAACAGCAUCAGUAUUCCGCCAUAUGACCCCAAAUCCCAAAUCAAGCCCAACACGACCUCUCCCAACUGAAGGUAGAUGUCACUAAAGCAGUAAAUGAUGAUAAAUACUCAGGAUCCUCAUCUGUCAAGCUUGACAGAUCGUUCGGUCCAUCUGAUCGAAACAGCAUCAGUAUUCCGCCAU